GUCAUCCCCUCAGGCCUGUUGCGCUCCGCCUGCGUGCGAAGGGCUUUUACGCCAUAGUGAGAUGGGGAAGCGGUUAUCGGGGUCCUGGCGGAGCUGACAGGAAAGGCUGGAUGGGAACCGCAGGCCUGGAGCUGAGCUGAGCAAGGCUGCUGAGUCGGUGCCUGUCCUCGGGAGAAGAGGCAGAUGGAGACGGCUGAUAAACUCGUGGUAAAGCCUGCUGUCUGCGGGGAAAGCUGAUUACUGCUAAUUCUGCAGUAAUGUAAAGAGUUGGCACGGGCAACCGAUGUGAAAGAAGAAAAAUAAGUCUUUAAUGGAAGCUAUGAAGAUACCAAAACUGUUCUACGCUUUUGCAAUUUUUGCCUGUACUGCAAUUUAUGCUGUAUAUUUAAAAUGGAAUUUGGGCCCCAAGCCAAUAUUGGAUGUAACAGGAAAUGCUGGUGAUGAUUUUGAAAACCAUCUUGAUCGUGGGACAUCAAGAACAGAUCAGGGAACUUUUUAUGGAAUUAUGUUUGAUGCUGGAAGCACGGGGACUCGAAUGCACAUAUUCCUAUUUGCACAACAGUUAGGAGAAAUUCCUAGAUUAAUCAAAGCAACAUUCAGACCUCUAAAGCCAGGGCUCUCUGCAUAUGCCGACAAUGUUGAUAAGAGUGCUGAAGGGAUAAAUGAUCUUCUGGCAAUCGCUAAAGAAUCUGUUCCUAUGAAGUUGUGGAAGUCCACACCUUUGGUCCUGAAAGCAACAGCUGGUUUAAGGCUGCUGCCAGGAGAAAAGGCACAGAAAUUGCUCAAUAAGGUAAAGGACAUUUUUCAUGACUCUCCAUUCCUGGUACGGAAUGACUGUGUUUCCAUAAUGGAUGGAACAGAUGAAGGUAUUUCAGCUUGGAUCACUGUCAAUUUUUUAACAGAUAGCUUGAAUGUUCCAAGAAAGGGAUGUGUGGGAAUGCUGGAUUUAGGAGGUGGAUCAACUCAGAUCACAUUUCGCCCAAGCACUGAGACAGCUCUGGAGAGCUCAUCUAUAGGCCACAUUACUUCAUUUCAGAUGUUUAACACUACAUACCAGCUGUAUUCACACAGUUACUUGGGACUUGGGUUGAUGUCAGCAAGGCUGGCGAUUUUAGGAGGAGUUCAGGGGCAAGCUUUAAAGGAAGGUGAAGCACUUACAAGUCCCUGCUUAUCACCUGAUUUUCAGGGUGAAUGGGAGCAUGACAAGAUAAAGUACAAAAUUAAAGGACAGAAGGCAGGACCGUCUCUCUAUGACUCAUGUUUUAAUGAAGUAGCAAAAAUGCUCAACAACAAAGUACACAAGACAGUUGAAGUAAAGGACUUAGAGUUUUAUGCUUUUUCAUACUACUACGACUUGGCUGUGGACAUUGGUUUAAUAGAUGAUGAAAAAGGAGGGACCCUGACAGUCAGUGACUUUGAAAAUGCUGCGAAGAAUGUCUGUGAAACUAUGGAGAUUCCACAAGGAGAGCACACUCCUUUCCUCUGCAUGGAUCUUACUUACGUCAGUGUACUAUUGCAAGAACUAGGCUUUCCAAAGAGCCACACUCUUAAGCUUGCCCAGAAAAUCAACAACACUGAAACCAGCUGGGCUUUGGGAGCUACCCUUCACUACAUGGACUCACUUCAUAAACUGUCAGGUUAAAGCUUUCGGGGAGUUGGAAAAAGAGUGAGUGGUCUAGGAAUACCUGAUGGUGCAGCAUUGCUGAAGCUAAACUGGUGUGGACCCAACCAGUUACUUCGAUGUGAGGCCACUGGGAGUCUGAUGCAAAAGCAGAAUGUGUAUCUAAUAAAUGAAAAAGGGGAGAAAAACAUGGGGGCAUCUUCUUCCAGCAAUGAACUCAGGUGCUUCAAUUUUGGUGGCUUAAUUUACCAAACUCCUCCACGGAUCAUGUAUCCUUUUUAAAGUGUCUCUCAAAAUCAGUGGCCACUGGAAAAGAAUAUGCCAUGGCAGCUAAAAUCCAAACCUUGGACAUGUCUGAGGUUCUAUGGGAUGAAUGCUUAAAUCAUCCUGGGAAUUAAUGCAUAUUUUCUGAUUUUUGCUGUACAGUCUCCUCCUUGGGCAGGCGUUGCUGCUAAUGUGCUGAAAUUAGUGUUGGAAACAAGUGACUCCAAUCAAUUUUUUUAUUAUAUUGUGAAUUUUUGGUGUUUUAAAUUUGUGAGAACUAAUGUAUGUAUUAAAAAUUACAUGUAUAUGUUAUACUGCUCAGUCAAACUCUUACUGGUACACUUUGAGACUGAUUUUAAAAGUCAGCUUUUCUGUUCCUUUAUCCUUUAUGAUUGGGUCAUUUUAGAUACUGUGAUUUAAGGUCUGCUUCACAAGCUGAAGUCUCUUGGAAUCCUGCCACUGACUUUGGCUUUAAUUUAUCUCAUGGUGAGAGCGGGGAGCCAGAAUGUUAACGGGUACCUGCUUGAAAACACAAGAAGAUCACAUGCAAAUCUGCAGCAGUGAGGCCACAUCCCCAGAAAAGUAACUAACUGAGCAUCUUAAUAUGUUGGUAUGUGUCAGAAACCUAACGUGCAAACGACUUAUGUCAGAAUGUUGGGAUCCUGUGGCUGUAUUUGAAACAUCUGUUGUUUGGAAGGCCAGUUAUGCUCAAUGGAGCCAGAGCCUAAAGUGGUUAGUGUGAGCCCACUUAGUCCCACUUUUAAUAUCACACCCAGAACUCCCUAAGCUCUGUGGAAGAUUUCAGUUCAAUACAUCAGGAAUGUCUCUUAGAUUUGGAUUCACUGCUAUCCCUAGAACACAGAGCACUGUGCUUUGGUGUCCCCUAGCCUUAUGAUGCAGCACAGAGGCUGACACUGGGCACUGGUGGUGGGACUUUGCAUGUACAAGAGAACUAUAUGCAAGUUAGCUUCCUGGUCAAGGCAAGGAGGUGGAGUUAAUCACCAAAUUAGUAGUCUCUCCAUCUGUCUGAUCCCAGUACUUAAUGCAUAAUUUCCCAAAUGCCAGGAUGGUUCAUGUCCUCCCAUCUUCUUGCUUCCAAAUGCAAAGAUGAACGCUUUCCCACUUGUUCAACUUAUUGUGUUUACUCAGCCUCAAGUGAUAUUUUGCUACAAUUCAAAUAUCCAAAAGGGGUCAAGGCACAAUUUAAUCUGGGCAUAACAAAACUGGAUGGUGGUGAGUCCUGGAUCAGUGAUAGACAUUGCCGGUGGGCCUCCUUUCAUUGAAUGUAUUGACCAAGCACCAGGAAAAUCCUAGUUGAGCUGGAAGUAAAAUGGAAUGAACCCCCUUGCCUGCCUGCCAUCAGAUGCCUUCUUCAUGUGUACUGUAUUUAUAAUAUAUGAAAACACGUUGCACAAAAUUGGCUCCAUAUUGGUCAGUUUUAGCUGUUUUUAUCCAAACGGAGAAGCUGCUUUGUUUAGGGUGAGCAUCUGUCUCUCUCUCACAUGAAGGAUGCAUUAUACUCUUCCUAAAUACUCAAGGCAUAGCUCAAAGGUAGCCCUUGACUUUAUAAGUCUGUGAUAUUUUUGUUUUCCAGAAUGUAAUAUGAUCAGAAUCCACAGUAUUAUGCAUAUGUUAAUUUACAGGGAGUUUGUAUGUUUACAAGGCUGCUUCAACUACUGAGAACCUAACCAGUGUUCUUGAUGUGCCAUACCAUUUGGGCAUUGUCUUCCCUUUUUAAUAACUGAAUGUAUCAUUAAUCUAAUCUCUAAUAUGGAGAGCAGACAUUGUGGCACCACAAUGCUAUCCAGGAACUAUACAGAGAACAUGCAAACAUCGUGUGGAAAAGGGGCAAGACUCUAUAUGGUCCAGAUGUUUACUGCAUGGGGCCUUAUGUCCAUGUGUGCUUAAUGGAGGCACCUUAUCUUAUGGCUUUUAAGAAGCUGGUCUACAAGGCAGUGUGGCCACAGGAAUGUAUGUUCUUGGCAUACAGUGCGCCUGGCUUGAUGUAAGCACAAACUCUUGUGUGAGAAGCAAACUAAAUGGCAAAGCUCUAAUAUUUGAUUAUCAUUCGCUUGUCAAUUAAUAGCAAUAACAAUAGCACUUAGAUUUAUAUACCGCUCUAUAGCCGGAGCUCUCUAAGCGGUUUACAAUGAUUUUAGCAUAUUGCCCCCAGCAUUCUGGGUACUCAUUUUACCGACCUCGGAAGGAUGGAAGGCUGAGUCAACCUUGAGCCCCUGGUCAGGAUCGAACUUGUAACCUUCUGGUUACAGGGCGGCAGUUUUACCACUGCACCACCAUGUGGCUCUUUAAUGCAGCAUGUAUGUAAAUAUUAAAUGAUUUUUAUUGUCAAUAAAACUUUAAUUACAUGCAAGCAUUUGUGCUAUUUGGAUUGAUGCAGAGAGAUGAAUAAUGAGUUAUAUAACAUGGUCUGCUGGCAUGAUUUUGGUGUAAUUUCCUUCUGGCUGCAUUGGAGAGAAAGAUGAGAACAAGGAUCCCCCCACUGCCCCCAGAUGCUUGCAUAGGAUCAAGUGCCAUUAGGUUAUUCUCCUAGAACUGUUUUCAUCAGAAUCCAUCCCACCUGGCUGUGUCUGAAAGAAAAGUGAGACAGAAGCCCCUUCCACUCAUUCAGCUGCAGUCAAUGGCCCUUUGGAGUCUCCUCCCAGAACUAUCUGAUGCAGUAGCUUUGGAAUCUGAAAUUGCUUAUUUUCUUCCCUCCCUCUUUGUAUUAGACUGUGAAUCGCCUUGAGUGCACUGACAGACUUCAGGUGUAGUGAAUGAAACAGCAUCGUGCCCUUUUACAAUGGAGUAUGUGUGCAGUUAUCUUGGUUACAGUGAGAUAGGUUCAGCUGAGGGGGAGAGAGCUAUCCAGGACUACCCAUGAGCUUCAUGGCUGAGUGGGAAUUCCAGUCAAGGUAUGUCCACUCAAAAGUCAAACACCAUAGGCUGCUUCACAUGAACUGAAUUAGGAUAGAUAUUUUCUCCUACCUAGUUUGGGUGCUGUGCAGGCUCCUGUCUUCUAGUCAUCUCUGAGUAAAAAGCAAGGUAGGAGUGGAAGGAAGUGUUGGUUUGCUGAGCCGCAGCUGGGUCAGAGGACCCAGCUCUUUAACAAGGUAGGAUGAAAAGCUCUUCAGUGCAGCUGCUGCUUAACAGAUUAUCGUUUCCGUCCCAUCCUACCUUGCCUUUUACGCAUGGACAAUCAGAAAAUGUGAGUGUGCACAGCUCCUAAACUAGGGUAGGUGGCUGCUGCUUCUACCCUUUUAAUGGUUGUAAGAACAGCCCUGCUCUCUCCUGCACCACACUGGCUCUCUGACUUGCCUUACACACAGCAGACCUUCCUGUUCCAAACACCAGUAAACAUAAUGAACAGCAUUCCAGUAAUUGCACUUAUCUGCUUAACAAGACUGCACUACCUCCUUUCCCUACAGAGGCAGGUACAGCAGAGCCUGUCCUUGAUCCCUUUGCAACAGUUCAAGUAGUAGUCCCAAAUCUCACAUACUUCAGCACUAAGUCUCAGCAUCAACAUAGUUCACAUGACACCACACUAUCCAUGCUGUUGUCAAUCCUGACCAUAUUUGCAGGAAGGAAGUGAGCUCAAUUGAACUCUGGGACAUUUCAAGUAAACAUGUUUAGGAUCAGGUUGCAAAAUGAUAAUAGAGAAACCAGCUGUAAAACUGCCUGAAGUCUGUUUUGUCAGGCACUUUAGAGUACUGGGGGAAUUCCCCAGUUUUAGAAAGGGAAAAUGGGAUGACUCUCCCAAUUGUAAGAACUGGGAGCCAGAAAGGAAGGACAAGGCUUAAGCGAAAUCAGAUAGCUGAGAAGAGGGGAAGGUUCAAAUUGCCUUGGGAAAUGGUUUCUUGAGAAGAGCUUACAAAAGGAGGGGACUUCUUAAUUGUUGAGUGCUUAUAGCUGAUUUCAGAUUUUUGGAGGGAGCCUAAUUCCCUUCCUUGACAGACUUUUCCCCACCCUUGGCUGAUUAGAACCUCUUCACUUCAGCUGGCCUUCCUUUGACAGUCUUCCAUUCAUAGUUUUCCAAUGGUAUCUGUGUGUUGUAUUUCAUAUAUUUAAGAUUUUGUCUGUAUGCUGUCUUUAAUUUUUUGAAAGCAAGGCAGGAUAUAGAUUUAAAAAAUAUUUUUGAGGUUGAAUGUUCUAGACAAGACAGUGAAGUCGAACAAAGUAGGGCUUGAGCAUAAAGAAUCAGACUUUUGAUUUGUAAGUUAAUAUCCAUUCUCAUAACCCCUGCAGCAGCAACAAGAAAAAUAUUUUUAAAAGUUUCCAAAGCAGUUUACAUAGAGAAAUAAUAAAUAAGAUGGAUCCCUGUCCCUGAAGAGCUCACAAUCUAAAAAAAAACAUAAGAUUGACACCAGCAGCAGACACGAGGUACUGUGCUAGGGCUGGAUAGCGCCUGUUAUACUCCCUCGCUACAUAAAGAGAAUCACCAUGUUAAAACGUUGCCUCUUUGCCCAGUUAGCAGGGGUUCGUGCAGACACGAAUAUGACCAAUAUUUAUAUACUGCUUUUCCACAUAAGUUCCCAAAGUGGUUUACAUUGUAAUAAAAUAUCAAUCAUUAUACUCAUUUGUCCCCAUUAAGCAAGUGAAUGGUGCAUCUAACUGUGUGCAAUGAAGUAUGAUUAGAGUUCUAAGAACAUAAGACCAGCCCUGCUGGAUCAGGCCCAAGGAAGCCCAUCUAGUCCAGCAUCCUGUUUCGCACAGUGGCCCACCAGAUGUUGCUGGAAGCCCACAGGCAGGCAGGAGUUGAGGGCAUGCCAUCUCCUGCUGUUACUCCCCUGCAACUGGUACUCAGAGAAGCAUCCUGCCUUUGAGGCUGGAGGUGGCCUAUAGCCCUCCAACUAGUAGCUGAUGAUAGACCUCUCCUCCAUGAAGUUAUCCAAACCCCUAUUAAAGCCAUCUAGGUUGUUGGCAAUCACCACAUCUUGUGGCAGAGAAUUCCACAAGUUGAUGCGUUGUGUGAAAAAAUACUUCUGUUGGUCCUAAAUUUCCCAGCAAUCAAUUUCAUGAGAUGACCCCUGGUUCUAGUGUUAUGUGAGAGGGAGAAGAAUUUCUCUCUGUCUACUUUUUCCACACCAUGCAUGAUUUUAUAGACCUCUAUCAUGUCUCCCUACAGACGCCUUUUUUCUAAACUAAAUAGCCCCAGGUGUUGUAGCCUUGCCUCAUAAGAAAGGUGCUCUAGGCCCCUGAUCAUCUUGGUUGCCCUCUUCUGCACCUUUUCCAGGUCUACAAUGUCCUUUUUUAGAUGUGGUGACCAGAAUUGUACGCAGUACUCCAGGUGUGGCCGCACCAUAGUUUUGUAUAAGGGCUUUAGAAUAUUAGCCGUUUUAUUUUCAAUUCCCUCCUUAAUGAUCCCUAGCAUGGAAUUGGUCUUUUUCACAGCUGAUGCACAUUUAGUGGACACUUUCAACGAGGUGUCCACCACGACCCCAAGAUCCCUCUCUUGAUCAGUCACCGACAGCUCAGAUCCCAUCAACGUAUACUUGAAGUUGGGUUUUUUCAUCCCAAUGUGCAUCACUUUACACUUGCCAAUACUGAAGCACAUUUGCCAUUUUGUUGCCCUGUUGGGGCCUAAUUCCUUAUCUAGUGGCCCAGCCAUAUAAUACAGAAAAGCAAACACUAUUUUAAAGAUUUUUUUGUGCUAGCAUAUGCAUGAAGAGGAGACAUGGAACCCUUGAUGCUACAGUAAUUUUGCUGGUCCAAAUAUGGAUUGUAUGAAGUCCAUAAUAAUGAAGCUAAGAACUACCAUUUAAGAAAAAGCAUUUCUUAAGGAAAGCUUUGAGAGAAAAAAGAGGCUAGUGAGUCACUAAUGGGCAUCCUAGCUGCAGGAUUCUCCCCGCCCCCCAGUUUAGCCAACAUAAUACUUUCAUUCAGAACUGCCCAGUGAAUACAAAGCAGAAAUACUUGUACACAAUCUACGGAUCCCUUAUUUAAUGGUUUCCCAAUUUUUUUCUCAUGAAUAGUACUGUAUACUUAAGUAGAUAAUACCAAAGCUUUAGGAUAUCUGUUUGAUCUAGGGUUAAUCUUAAACAAACUGAUUAGGGAAAACAGAAAAGGAUUGGGUAUGUAAAAAUGCAAAGUGCACAGUUUAACCAAAGCUAAGCACUCCUACAUGAACUAAUAUGGGGAGUAAACCCUGCUGCAGAAAUCAAGAUUUCCAAAUAAACUUACAUAGGCUCAGGCUGCAGCUGGAUUCUCUUGAUCAGAAGUUGGAGAAGUCACCAGCUCAGAUUCCAGAAUUCUGUGUGCUCCCUAAAUAAAUUGUUGGUUGUAGGACUAGGGAGUGAUCAUGUGGGAGACAGCAGUACUGUAGUCAGUGCAGGCAGCCCAUAUUGGUAAUCUUAUAUUUAAUCUAAGGUGGAGGAGGUCGGCUGCCUGCGUCCGACAAUCACUACCUGGUCCUCCACCCAACAUUUUCGCCACCCACACGAUUGAUUUUUGGGAGCACGCAUGACCCCGGAAUCCUAGCUGGCAGGUCCUCUGCUCUGACUUACUUUUGAUUUUGAGAACCAGACCAGCAUGUCUCAUUGAUUUAAGUGGGAGAAUCAAGCAUAUGCACACAUCUGUCCCACAGAAAUCAAAAUGCUUAGCAUGGGUUGGAUUGUGCCCCAAAAGCAUGUUAACUUGGUUAGAUUUGCAAGAAAGUGGCUACUCUGUUGGCAGGUACAAAUCAUUAGCUUUUCUGUGAGAUAAAACAAACAAACCCAACUCUCUUCCUAGCACUGGACUUCCUUCUUGCUGCUCCUUGCAUGGACCUUUUGAGGUGGAAGGGGGAUACGUUUCCAGUAUAAAACAAGUAACACAUGUAUGAUUAUUUCAGUUUAUCCUACUCAAAAGCGUGCAAUGUUACAUUUCAGACUGGGCAAAGGCCAAUGAAGGAAGGAAGGCUAGUAGGGGGCACAGACUUACAUUUGGCAUAAAAUGUAUAAAGAUGGAAAAUCUGCUUUACACAACCUUGUAGGCCAAAUUCAUGGGAUAGUCGUCCAUCCCCUCUUCCAUUUUGUUGAGCUGGUACUGUGCUCUAUUGCUUUUUUCACUUGCAGGAGUUCUUAAACAUGGGUCCCCUGAUGAUGUUGGACUACAAUGCCCAUCAUGCUGAAAACCCCUUGUGGUUUUCAAAUGGUUUGCUGAAAACCAUUGUGGCUGGGGAUGAUGGGAGUUGUAGUACAACAACAUCUGAGGACAACAUUGUAGUCCAACAACAUCUUGACCCAUUCUUCCUAUCUUAGAAGAAAGGGUCAAGAUGGGCAUUGCUUUUAAGGCUUUGCUGUGUCUUUGUGGGGAAGGAAGCUAGGUCAGCCAGUUGCCCUUAACAAGAGAAUGACCUGUGCUCACCAUCCUUCCACAGUGGGAGGUAAAGGAUGCAUGGACUGGUUCCUUGACAUUGAAAAAGGGAAUAUGAAAGGGGCUUAAUCAUGCAGCUCAUUUGCUAUCCCACUGUGAUGUAAUGGGAUAGUGCCCAGUAAGUGCAACCAUGCAGGCUGCUGUGGUCUUGUUCUAAAAUUGUUGUUUUCAAAUGUUUUUAAAUUGUUAAUUGUUGUUGUUUUGUUUUUAAUUUUUGUUUUAGCUUUAUACUGUUUUAGUGGUUUGUUUUAAUUGUAAACCGCCCUGAUCCAUUUUGGAAGGGCAGUAUACAAAUCAAAUCAAAUAAAUAAAUGAUAAAUAAAUAAAUACAUGUUGUAUAAAGUA